AGCGCGGUUAGCGCUGGCGGCUAAUGUUCGUGGCUAACGUUAGCGAUUAGCGUUAGCGAUUAGCGUUAGCGAUUAGCCUGUUUGUACUUAGCUGUUUGCUGUAUUAGAGGCUAAGCUAGCGAUUUGUUGGUUGUGCCUGCUAUAUAUUAAUCCAUUUGUGAUUGUUUGCAUUACUGUCAGCUGACUAUAUUAAUGAGAGCGUUUAUUGCGCACAAUGUUAUGCAGUGGAGCACUAAUUCCUUUUCAACCCACUCAUAGUUAAAUGGAUAUGUCUGACCACAAACAGGAUAUCAAUGUCAGUUUACUCUACCUGCAUUAUUGGUGUGUUAUACAGUGUUUGAUAAUAUAUGUAGUGAAUGUAUGCAUUAGCAUUACAAACCAGUGUUCAUCUUAUUUCUCUCUUAGAUCACAAGUUGCAUCUGUGAUCCCUACAUGCUGAGCUCUGUGUAUAGCCGUGCUGCAUGAUCCUUAUUAAAGUUUCGCCAACAUCCAGACUCUCGAGGUGUUCUUACCGACACACCGGGGCGGUCCCAUGAUACUCCGGCCCAGCCCUUACAGUCCAUAAACAGUCACUCGUCUAAACAGUGGUCCUUCGAGCCGGAUUUCGUGAGGCUGCCUUGGAUUUAUGCCUAUGUGAUGCAGCCUCCUCGACCUGGUGAGGAGCUUCCUGCAGCUUCUACACGCCCUAAGCGUCAGUCUCACCUGCCUGCUUACCUGAGAGAUUAUGAGGUCCGAGCAGCAGGUUGGGAACCGAUAGAGCCACCCCCGGCACCACAUGCAGCACAGCAUACACAGGGUUCAGAGGACUGGACUCCCAACGUGGCCGCGGCAGAAGUGGGAAGGAGGACGGUGCAGGCAUCCCGCUCCACCAGCGCCAGCCCUAUCAGCCAGUAUGCCGAGUCUACAGCGGAGGAGUGGAGCCCCGUUGGGGGACGACGAUCCGCCGCGACACCUACACUUGAGAACGCAUGGUACCCUUCCCGGUCCAGUGCACAGCUGAUCGGUCCCGCUGGGAGCAACCAGACAUCUCCUUCUGCCUUCUAUAGACCGUGGGAGGGCCCUGAUCAGCAGGAGGCACAGUCAGUGCCUCAUGAUGGACAUGUUGGGUUAUAUAGACAGUCUGUGUCUCAUAGUGAUAAGUUGCAGUUGAGUGCUUAUGAUGAUGAGAAUGUUAUUUCCUUCUGUCAGCCCCCCGGUGGUGCCUCCCAUGACCCGCAGCCCAAGUCUGCUUGGAAAUCGCAUGCAGAACCAGUGCUACAACCACAGCCUCUGAGGUUUAGACCGCCUGCGCCUCAGGGUAGUCAUUAUCCUCAGGGCCCUGGUGAGCACCCCACCUCCGCACGAGAACAAGACCUGAUGGACUCCAUCAACCGCAUGAUGCGGGAGUUACAACUCAUCAAGGAUCAAGCAGAGGGCCGCGUGCUGAGGAAUCCACAGGUGGGUCAACAAUAUCCAGGUGAGCGGCCACACCAUGAGCUACCUCCACCCCAGUAUCAGCCGAGUGAUUAUUUUCCUCAGCCAUCUUCAUUCAGUCAGGCCUACAUUCAGGGUUACCCGCACCAACCGGUUCCCGGCUGGACUCCAACCAGACUUGCCGAACCACCGAGCUUAGCUACCCGCAAGCCAUCGAGCGCACCCUCAGGCCCUCAGGUGAGGUAUGAGCCACACCCUAUGGUGCACGUUGCACCAGUACACCAACCCCCCGCCUUCCUUAGAGAGAGAACGUACCGGGGACCCGUUCCAACCAUUCCCGACUUCGCCAAAGGAGACCCUAGUGAAUUCACCCAUCUCAAGAUCGCUUUGGAGAACCUUCUACCGCCUGACGCCACCGAGCUGUUCUGUUACCAAAUUCUUCUGGACCACCUCAAACUAGAGGAGGCUCGCCUUGUAGCUGAUGCCUAUUUGAAUUCAUCUACACCUUAUUCGGACACGAUGGCUGCCUUGACCGACAGAUUUGGUCAACCGCAUAAGUUGGCCUUGAAGAAGAUCGCCACGGUGAUGAACGCUCCAGACAUCCGACGAGGAGAUUCCCAAGCCUUUCAGAAGUUUGCUUUACAAGUGAGAGCCUUGGUGGGAAUGCUCCAGACCCUUGGACGUGAAGGCAUAGCAGAGCUCCAGUGCGGGUCCCACGUCGAGCGGCUCUUGAGUAAACUUCCCUCUGACCUGCGAUCAGAAUUUCGGAGAUGUACGUUCCGUCGAUCAGGAGUUGGGUACAAUCUCACCGACUUCUCCGAUUGGCUGCAAUAUGAGGCGUGGUGCCAGGAUAGUGAGAGCCAUGCUAGCUUCCAGGACCCUCGGCCCGAGGGGAAACGACGCUCGGAUCAGCGGCAUGACACCAAGAAUCCUCGUCCAGCCACGAUCUUGCAUGGGGUCGAGGUUACUCCUGACCAGCAGCCAGUAGAACCCCCCCAGUCGAAACCUGAUCCACCAGGUAAGAAAAGGAACAAGCACGCGUACUGCCCAUAUUGUGAGUGUGAGGAUCAUUUCCUGAGCCAGUGCGACACCUUUAAGUCCUUUGAUAAGGCCCAAGUUAUCCAGUGGAUAAAGUCUAACCGACGCUGCUGGCGGUGCGGCAGAGCACAUCAGGCGGCCCAAUGUGACCUGAAGAAACUCUGCAGCAAGUGUCAGGGCAAACACCUCCAGAUACUACAUGAGGUCAAUGUUAGGCAGGCAAGGGAGAGGUCCUGUCUGGUCAGCUCGGCUACAGAGACGCUAUACCUUGAUCGGCCAGCAGAAUGCAGCCGGGUCCUCUUGAAGGUUGUCCGGGUUCUUCUUCAUUACGAGAACCAGACACUUGAUACCUACGCGGUCCUAGACGAUGGCUCAGAACGCACAAUGAUCCUGACUGCAGCAGCACAUAAGCUAGGCCUCCAAGGCCACCCAGAAUCUUUAGCCCUGCGGACCAUCAGACAGGAUGUACAAACCCUGGAUGGCGCCUCCGUUACCUUCAGAGUUUCAUCUACAGUCCAACCCAACCGAACCUUCCAGGUCAAGGAUGCCUUCACUGCCGAACGUCUAAGCCUAGCUGAUCACACCUAUCCUGUGGCUGCACUCAAGAGAAGGUUCAAACACCUCCAUGACCUCCCACUCCAAGCCUUUGACAAGGUACGGCCUAUGUUGCUCAUUGGGGCCGACAACCCUCACUUGAUUACACCGGUCGAACCGGUGCGUCUAGGUCCCCCCGGUGGUCCUGCGGCCAUAAAGACCAGGCUUGGUUGGACUCUCCAGGGGCCGGCUCGGAUGGCAGAGCUCCAGCUAUCACCUCAGCAGUGUUUAUUCACGUCGCUCAGUCCUCGAGAAGCAGAACUGCUGAGGAAUGUAGAGAAGCUCUGGCAGCUCGACCUCUUACCAUCGAGCAGCGAGAAGCAGGUGACACGAUCACGAGAAGACCAACAAGCCAUUGAUCUCCUGGAGUCCAAAACACAGCGCGUUGAGGUUCAUGGUACCUGCCGGUAUGCGACCCCUCUACUUCGGAGGAAAACCUUUCCGUCCUUCCAGGCCCCCAUGGAGGCAGUAAUGCCAAGGCUUAGGAGCUUGGAGAAACGCCUAUUACAAGAUCCCACGAGUGCAGCUGCUUAUGAAGCCGAGAUUGCGAAGCUGGAGGCCGCCGGUACAGUUGCUAAAGUAGUCAGGCCAGAUAUCUCAUCCAGUGGAGAAAGCUGGUACAUCCCACACCACCUGGUGCAACACAAUGGGAAAAAUCGAGUCGUAUUCGACUGUUCCUUUCGAUACAAGGGCCUCAGUCUAAAUGAGUACCUGCUACCUGGCCCUGCCUUGAGCCCUUCCUUACUAGGCGUCCUUCUGCGGUUCAGAGAACACUGUGUCGGUGUUAGUGGUGACAUCAAGGGCAUGUUUCACCAAGUGUGGUUACUACCAGAAGACAGGCCCCUUCUGCGCUUCCUUUGGCGUAACAUGCGGAGAGAGAACCCGCCGGAAGUCUACGAGUGGCGGGUGCUGCCCUUCGGUACCACGUGCAGCCCCUGCUGUGCCACCUAUGCCCUGCAGAGGCAUGUCUUUGACUACAGCAAGCCUGGAAGCACAGAGCGCUUCUCAAUAGAGAAAGGCUUCUACGUGGACAAUUGCCUCCAGAGCGUGCCAUCCACACAAGAGGCCAUACAACUGAUCAACAACCUUAGAGACCUUCUCCAAAGUGGAGGGUUCGAGAUCCGGCAGUGGGCGAGCAACGUGCCGGGCGUCAUCAGCCACCUCCCGGCCGAGGCCAGGUCAGAGAAGCUAGAGCUAUGGCUAACAUGUGAUAAGUUGGAAGCGCGCGAGUCCACCUUAGGACUGUGCUGGCAGUGUGACGCGGACACCUUCAGUUACAAGCACAGGCCUAUCACCUAUGACACGGUGACCAUGCGGAACAUCUACCGAGUGCUCGCCAGUCAGUACGACCCACUCGGAUUCUUGCUACCCUACACCACAAGGGCAAAGGUCCUGGUCCAGCAGCUAUGGGACCGGCGGAGGGACUGGGAUGACCCCAGUCUCCCAGCAGAGCUUCUGACCGCCUGGCGCACCUGGGAAUGUGAACUCGAACACCUACCUCACAUACAACUGCCUCGAUGUUACACACCGGCAGAGAUGGACCACGCUGCAACCAGGAGAGACAUCCACAUAUUCUGUGAUGCCUCUGAGAAAGCGUAUGGAGCGGUCGCUUACUUGCGGUCUGAAGAUCCCAAAGGGAGGAUCUGCAUUGCGUUCCUUCUUGCACGCUCAAGAGUUGCCCCUCGGAAGCAACUUUCCAUGCCCCGACUCGAACUAUGUGCAGCAGUCACAGGAGCACAGUUGGCCAAGCUACUAAGGAAUGAGCUCACCCUUGAGAUUCGCCACUGUGUGCUUUGGAGUGACUCCACCACUGUCCUUACCUGGCUACAUUCAGAGUCGUGUCGUUUCAAAGUGUUCGUAGGCACCCGGGUAGCAGAGAUACAGGAGCUUACGGACCUCCAGUCCUGGCGAUACAUUGAUUCCCCACGGAAUCCGGCAGAUGACCUCACAAAGGGGAAGUCCCUGCAACACCUAGGGGAACCAAACCGGUGGAGUCAGGGACCCAAAUUUCUGCAGUUAGCCCCCGAAGAGUGGCCAACCCUUCCUUUGCAGCACUCCUCCGAGUCGGGAGACACUACUGAACUCAGACGUUCGGCUUUCUGUGGUCUGAGUAGCACCACUGAUCCGCCGAGUAUGGACUGGUCCCUAUUCAAGACUUGGAAGGAGUUGAUGGAAACACUAGCGCAGGAGCUUCACGGGGCGGCUGGGCUGUCAGGGCCACCUACAGCUAGUACAUACCAGGAUGCCGAAUUCUUUGCUUUCCAGAGGGCGCAGCAAGAGAGCUUUGCAGAUGACUAUGACCUCCUCAAGGCAGGGAAGCCCGUAGCAUCCAAUAGUCGUCUCCUUUGCCUUGCUCCGGAGUUCGACACAACGCGUGCAGUCGUUAGAGUGGGUGGACGACUCCGUAGAGGGGAAGGAUUAGAUCCAGCUGCAGUACACCCCAUUGUACUUGACCCUAGUCACCCGACCACCAAAUUACUCAUCCAGGAGUAUGACACCAAACUGUGCCACCCUGGGCCCGAACGAGUCUUCGCGGAGUUAAGACGCAGGGUGUGGAUCCUAAGGGGGCGUGAGGCCGUAAAGCGUUGCCAGCAGGUGUGUGUCGAGUGCCGUCGAUGGAGAUCCCAACCUGCUGUACAACGGAUGGCUGACCUACCACCGCCAAGGCUUAGAUUGUUUAAGCCAGCGUUCUACUCCUGUGGUAUUGACUGCUUCGGACCGCUCCUGGCGAAGGUUGGCCGAAGAACGGAGAAACGAUGGGGUAUACUCUUUAAGUGCCUCACCACCAGAGCGGUACACCUAGAAGUGUUACCUUCACUUGACUGUGACUCCUUCUUGAUGGCUCUCCGGAGGUUUGUAGCUCGGCGAGGCAAGCCAGCAGAGUUGUACUCAGACCAAGGAACCAAUUUCCGAGGAGGUGAGCGGGAGCUGAGGGACACCUUUUCCAGCCUAUGUCCUGACCUCCAGCAGCAGUUAGCCACACAGCAGAUUGCGUUCCACUUCAAUCCACCAGCGGCACCUCACUUCGGCGGAGCAUGGGAGCGCGAGAUCCGGUCAGUAAAGUCUGCCCUGUACACCACUCUGGGUGCUCAGACUGUGAGCGACGAAGUUCUCAGAACCAUCUUAAUAGAGAUUGAAUCCAUACUCAACUCUAAGCCGCUAGGUUACGUUUCGGCCGAUGUAGCAGACGUUGACCCUGUCACGCCCAAUUACCUGCUGAUGGGGCGGCCAGACAGCUCCCUGCCCCAGGUAGUCUAUCCGCAAUCCGAGCUCCUUGGACGUCGGAGGUGGAGGCACUCUCAGGUGCUGGCAGACAGGUUCUGGACGGCAUUCGUAAAGAACUACUUACCUGGUCUGCAGCUACGGAACAAGUGGAGGACCACUACCCCAGACAUGAUGGUUGGAGCCGUAGUCAUGGUAGUAGACCCACAGGUGCCUCGAUCGGUUUGGAGAAUCGGAAAGGUGGUGAAAGUGUUCCCAGGCCCAGAUGGUCAUGUCAGGACGGCCGAGAUACAGAUCGAGGACAAGAUAUACACCAGGCCAAUCACUCGUCUCAUCAUUCUGCCUAAGAUGCCGGAGGAGGAGGUCAAUGGGCCGUGAGCAGGGAGGCUCACUUCAGUCUUUCUAGGGAGCACAUUUGGCAUCAAAUGUGGGGGCGGCAGUGUUAGAAAGACUAAGGGCUGCAGCCGACAGUUCGCGCAUGCGCCCAGAUCACACACGACGUACUUGGUACGUUCCCCUUUUCCUUUCAAGUGCAGACAGACACAGACGCCAUUAGGAGCACUCAUCGCCGACUCGCCAGACAAUCCAGCCUCGCAGUGCCUGUGACUGCAGAGCUGCUCACCUUGUAGCAGAUGCGAGAUUGUGUGUCACUGAUGAUCCAUCACAAGUUGCAUCUGUGAUCCCUACAUGCUGAGCUCUGUGUAUAGCCGUGCUGCAUGAUCCUUAUUAAAGUUUCGCCAACAUCCAGACUCUCGAGGUGUUCUUACCGACACACCGGGGCGGUCCCAUGAUACUCCGGCCCAGCCCUUACAGUCCAUAAACAGUCACU